AUGUCGAACUUUCCUGGUGAUUCGCCUCGAAAGAGCGCGCUAAGCCCGAUGUUCGGCUCACGUUCAAACAUAUUUGCCUCCAAUGCAGGUGCUGGACCAGCCUUCGGCGGCUUUGGAGGCGGUGGCGGCGGUGGAGAUGAUGAUAACAUCUUCGAUCGCAUUAGAAAAAUGGAAAUGGAGCAAAAACAAGAUGAUUUUAGUAUCGAGCAAGAUACAAGUACUCGUGGUUUACUCCCUUUAUCAUCAUCUAAAUUUAUGUUCUCUGGAUCACAAGGAUCAAGGAUGGGAAUCAGUCAAGCUCCUCCUACACCACAAGAAAUCAUUACUAGAUUGAAUGAUGAUCCUUAUUUGGUUCGAGGACUUGUUUCCGGAGAAAAUUUUUCAUUAGAUGAUGUUUAUCGAUAUUUUACUUCAUUACCAGGCGAAUUAUUUAAUGCAGCAUUGACAGAACUUACAGAGCAAAUGCGUAAACUAUCAAUUAUCGAUUCUAUUUCUUCAAAUAUGGGACAGUUACAAGAUGUCGAAAUAUCAAUACCAGCUCUCGAAAAUACGCUCACUUCAGCAUUUGUAGGCAAACAGAUUAUUAUUUGGUACAAUGUUCCUAUGGCUAAAGCGCUUUUCUCUCCAACUCAUAAAUGGAGAGUCGAGCCAGGCAAAGGUAUUGUCGGUCGUGCAGCUGAAAGACAGAAACGUCGUAUUCUUUCAAAUCCAAAGGAAUCUGAAUGGUACAACGCUGAAUCUGAUUCCAAAUUCUUCGAAAGCGUCACAUGCGUUGUCUGUUCACCCAUUGCUGAUCCUCUUACUCAUCAACUGAUUGCAGUUGUCACAGUUACAGCCAAAAGUGCUUGGACAGCAUUUGAUACUUUAUUAAUGGACCACGCUGAGUCAAAAUUACCGCAUCUCCUUGCUACUCUCAAGAUAUCCGCAUCCAGGAUUCGUUCUACCCUUGCUAUUCUUUCUUCCGCUACCGGCGCAGAACUGAAACAAAGACCAUUAAUUUCAAACGCCUGCCAAUCAUUAAAAUCCGCUUUAAACUGCGAAGUUGCACAGAUUUUCUUUGUUAACUGGCAGCGCGGUGCAUUAGAAUUCUAUGGUAGCGGUGUUGGCAAGAAGCAGAGGCUUCCUUUGGCACAAGGUGGCAUUGCAGCUUUCGUUGCACAAGACGGAAAUCUCGUGAAUAUUCCUGUCGCUUCUCAACACCCUCAUUUUUCAAAAAUCGUCGAUGACGAGUACAGAUCAAGACCAGUCAUUGCAGCACCAAUGAUCAACGAAUCCUCUGCAAAUCACGAGAUCUUCGGUGUUGCUGUUGCAAGAGGUAAAAGAGGCUCAAUGACAUUCACAGAACACGAUGCAAUUUCCUUGGAAAGUUUGUCAGCUGUCAUUGCAAGAACUCUUUCGAAUUUCCAGAGAUAUAGGUCUGAUGUAUUGAACUUGAAGAGAGUUCUUACAGCUCAAGACCACUACAUUGAGUUGCUUACAACAGCUGAGUCUCUUUCCUCUGUUAUCAACAAAGACCAACUGUUCGAAAUGAUCAUGUUGAGAUCAAGAAAACUUGUUUCCGCUGAUAGAUGUUCUUUGUUUACUACUGAUAGAAACAGAGAAUAUCUUCUUUCAAAAGUUGCAUCAGGAACAAAUAGAUCAAUUGUUCUUCCAAUCUCUCAUGGUAUUGCAGGUCAUGUCGCAACUACUGGACAGCUUCUAAACAUUCCUGAUGCUUACGAAGACCCGAGAUUUAACAAAGAUGUCGAUCUUUCAACAGGUUACAGAACAAAGUCAAUUUUGUGUGUUCCUAUUAUAGGAAGAGCCGAACAAGUCAUUGGCGUUACACAGAUGAUCAACAAGACAGGAGAAGCAACACAAUUCACUCCAGGAGAUGUUGAUUUGAUGAAGGCUUUCAACGUUUUCUGUGGAAUUGCUUUGUCUAACGCAAAUCUUUUCGAUGACACAAAUACAAUGAAAAACAGAGUCGAAGGUCUUUUGAAUCUCGCCAUGUCAAUGAGCCGUGAAAAAUACCUUCCUCUUAUUCUUGAGCACAUCUCUGAAUCAGCAAUUGAACUGAUCAAUGCAGAGAGAUGCACUGUUUUCUUGAUGGAUGAUGACAAAGAAGGAAUCAUUCAUCAGACGAAUGAAAAAACUAAUGCACAAAUUGCCUUCAUCAAAGAAGUUUGCAAGAACAAAUCUUUGUUGAAUAUCUCUGAUGUCACGAAAGAUUCUAGAUACGAUCCAACUGAAGAUCAAAGGACUUCUUUCGUAUCAAAGUCUUUCUUGGUUGCUCCUAUCAUGGAUGAAGAAAAGAACAUAUUGGGAGUCAUCCAAAUUGUCAAUAAAAUACCUGGUUACGAUGGCCUUGUUUUCACAAAAGAUGAUGAAAGAUUGGUCGGAGCAAUGACUUCUUUCGCGGGAUAUUCCAUCUCCAAGGUCAAGAACAAAGACAAGAAUAUUACUACUGAUGCUGUCUUUGAUUUAUUCAGUAGUUCCGCUGAACAAAUCGGUGUUGUUUUGCAACAAAUGAGAUUAUCACAAGAAGAAGAAACAACACUGACAAAUCCACAAGCUUACAUGAGAGGUCUUCAAAUGAAUCUCAAAUUGAGGUUCAUGAUUUUCUGUUUCACAUCGUUCAAUCUGUUGGAUCAGUUGAAUAUCCAGUUCAUCACUUUCUUCCAGUUCUUGAUGCUCUUCCAGACAAUGGGAAAGGAUUUGCCGUAUCAUAAUUCCGACCAAUCAUUGGAUACUUUACAAUAUGUCUACGUAAUUUUGAAACAAACAGAAGUUUCAAAACAAUUAGAUACAAUUGAAUUGUUCGCUCUUUUGAUGGCAUCUCUUCUCCAUAAUACAAAUCAUAAAGGAGAACACGGUGGCUUACUUAUCCGCACAAAAUUACCUCUUGAAAUAUUGUUCAAGAACCAGCCACCUGCAGAAACAGCUCAAGCAGAUGCGGCCAUCCAAUUAUUGACAAAUAAAAGUGUCGCGAUUUUGGAUGCAAUUCCUGAUGAUGUAAGAGCCAAAUUCUGGAACAUCUUUACACAACUGAUUCUCUCAAGUGGUAUCUACAAAGAGAGCGACUUCAUUCAGUUGUGGAAGAGUGGUGAUCACUCGAAAUUGAACCAAAUGAGAUUAAUUCUCAAAAUUGCAAACAGCGGAAAUGUUUGCAGGCCAUACGAUAUAGCAAUGAAACAUGGUGAGUUAAAGAAACAGGAGCUACAACAAAUAUUACAAGAAGAGAAAGUUGUUUACGGAAUUACUCCUGAUAAGGCUUUCCAGGAAUUGGUAGCAAAGACUGUUGAAGAGUCACGGUUAUCUCUAGCAAGAGACGUAAUGCUGCCUCUCAUGGAGAUUGCUGUUGCUAAAUGGAAGAAUUUGGAGCCAAUUCAGAAAUCUUUGUUCUCAAAUAUUAAGAAAUGGCAGCAAUUUGUUGAAUCUCAGCAAAAUAAUUAA